UCGGUUGCAGUGAACACGGCAGAGAACAAGUUGAGGGCGUCGCGCCAGUGAUCACGCCGAGUCGCACGCGCUCAGAUCGUCGGUCCCGAGUGGAUGUCUCUAAGUAAUAGUUACGUGAUUUUCGAAAACAAAAAUAGUUAAAUAGAUAACACGUAUUUAUGAUAUAUAUAUAUAUAAUACAAUAAUUAUCAAUAUUUACUUGUGCUUUGAUUUUUGAUUAGUGGUUUUUAUUUUUUUAUUGAAAUUUAUCGAUUUGUUUAAUUGUUAUUAUUUUCGAUUACGAAAUUAUGAAGGAAAUAUUGUUUAAAUUUAACGUCAGUGAUUCGAUCAGUACUUGACGGAUUUCCUGACACCUGGAUUUCCAUUUUGGACCUAAGUGGUCAAAUGACGUUAACUUCGUGAAAGGGACAUCCGGACGACGACACCAAGCCCAAUGAGAUCACAAUGUUGCUGACAUUUCUACUGGCAGCCGCGCUGUGGAACUGCAAUUGCUGGUGGAAUGCCGCCAAUAUUUACACUUUCGCCGUGCAACCCGGAUAUUUGGACUUUGACAAUUUACCGGAUACGAAUUUCUCAUGCGAUGGCAAAGUCAUCGGAGGUUAUUACGCGGACGUGGAGACCGGCUGUCAGAUGUUUCAUGUUUGCACUAUUGGCCAAAAAGCGGAAAUUACCGAUAUCAAAUUCUUAUGUCUAAACGGGACAGUAUUUGAUCAAGAAACCAGGGUUUGCGAACGUUUGGACGAAGUUGAUUGCAGUAGGAGCGAAAGUUUCUUCGAUCUUAAUUUGGAAUUAUACGGAAACAACGGAGCAGGCUAUGGGAUCGCACCGGAAGAACCACCGGAACAGGAGUCAGUGCAGUGUAACGAGGACGAGGGAGAGUGUUCCGGAACGUCCGAUUACUUUGACGAGGAGGUGACCACGAUCGCGGGGCCGGUGGGCGCAUUGGCGGCCACAGCGGCGGUCAUCGCCACGACGACGACCACGACGACCACAACGACCACGACGACCACGACGCCCCGGACGACUACAGUCAGUGCGGCCACAAGUAGCAAGCGACCGUCACAGCCGAUAGUGAUGACGAGCACGGCGAAACCGACGCAGCAGCCGGCCGUCUCGUAUCCGACGAAUUCACCGGAAACCAUAGCGGCCCUGAUAGCACUGCACAACGCGUUUCAGGAGAGUCUCAAAGAACGCGAACAAGGGCCCGGGCCCAAGGGGCAGCAGGCCCACCACAGAUACCAUCCACCGCCGCCGCCACCGCCGCCGCCACAGCAGCAGCAGCCCAAGCCGUUUACGGUUGCCAACUUCCAACCACCACGACAUUUCCCGUCCAAAGCGCCGCAGCAGUAUCUGCAACAGCAGCAACAUCUGCAACACCACCAGCAGCAGCAACAGCAGCCGCCACCGCCCCCGUAUCGACAUCAGCAGCAACAUCUGCAACAGUCUCAGCAACAGCAGCAGCAGCAGCAACAACAGCAGCAACAGCAGCAACAGCAACAGCAGCAGCUGCAGCAGCAGCAUCCGGUUUUAUUGUCGUCCGAGCGGUUUGGAAACCAAAACUUCCGUCACGGCUUCCGGUUGCAAAACGAACCGGCACCACCACCGCCGCCACUACCAGCAGACGAGUCGCCACCUCCGUCGUCGUACCAACAUCAGCAGUACACAGGAGAGGGUGCGCAGUACGACGGUAACUACGACGAAUCCGUCGCGAUCGUCGGGCUGGGCGAAGACGACGACGACGUGGCCGACGAAGAGUCUCGGCGGAACUUUGCGCGCGAAGCUCCCGAGUCUUCGGUCUCGGUUUCGGUGCAAGUCAGCUCGUCGUCGACUAAAAACAGUGCCAUCAACCAGCAGCAGCAGCAGCAGCAGCGACCGGCGCAGGCCGAAGAGUCUGCUACGCCUACCGCCACUACGACGACGACCACCACGACGACCACUACUACGACGAUGGCCACGGCCACGGAGGCCGACCGGCCGUUCACGGUUAAGUCGUCACUGCCGCAGCCGCCUCCGUUGGACGACACCGAUCCAAACGGUGGUGACCUGUACGAGGACGAGUACGAAGAGUUUGAAGGCGACGAAGAGUUCUUCAAGGACGUGCCAAAAGUGGGCCAGGACAGGAGACGGAGAUACGCGUUGGGCGUUGGCAGACGAGCGUAGCGAUUCGAUGAUGAUUUUGAUAAUAAUAAUAUAUAUUAUCGUUGUCGUUGCAACCGUGUACUGCGCGAGAACGGCCGUCAAAGUCCAUCGUGAUGAGACGAUCGAACGCGAUUCAAAAUGUUUUUGCUCAAUAGUUUUGCGUCUGUUAUUAUAAUAUGAUCACGACUGUACACUAUACGCAAAUACGGCCAUUUUUUUCUCUUCACGUUGUCGUCAAUCGUAUAUUCUAUUACUAUACGCCGACUUUGCUGAAUCCUACUCAUCCUCCUAAUCUCUGUCCUCACUUUUUACUCAUUCCUGUCCUAUCUGCGAGUAAAAAAAAACGAAAACGUGAUUUUUUUUUUUUUUUUGUUUUACUGUUUAUCUAAAUUUUUUAUGUAUAAAUUAAAUUACACGAUUUUUUUUUUUACGAAUAAGCUAAUGAUGAUUAUAACAUUAUUAUAAAUAUUAUUAUUUUUUUUUGCAAUAAUUAUGUCGUGUGAAUGAAUAUACACAUCUUGCUAUUCCUAUACAACUGUCAUAUAUAAUCAGGGCUCGGGACUAUUAGCACUCGCAUAUACAUGGUAUAAACUGGUGUGUCUAUGCAGAAUUUAUCGUUUAAAAGUUAUGCGGAAUCGUUUCAUUUAAGUUUUCAAUAAUAUUAAGUAUAUUUUUACUCGACUUUUGAUUUUUUUUUUUUUUUUUUCACGGUUGUUUUAAUUUAAUAUUUUUCUUGUCAAUAUUUUAUAUCGUGUUGAACCGAUAGUAUUAGUAUUAUUUAUCAUCAUUUUAAUUAAAUGUUUGAAUUAAAAACAAUAAGUUUGAUAUACAUUUUUACGUAUUAGAUGAUAUUUUAAGUAAGCGCUCAAGUCCCGACUCAUGAUUACAUAAUAUAUAAAUUAGUAUAAACGAUAUUGUGCCCAGUAUAAAUAAAAUACAUGUUACACUCAACACGUCAUACGGAUAUUAAAAUAAAAGAAUAUAUUUAUAAAUAUAAUAUUAUUCUGUUCUGAGUUAACCAAGUUUAUUUAGGAAUGUUACACACGUCGUAUGCAUAUAAUAAUAUAGUAUUAUUUUGUAUUUUUUUACCCUUGAAAACAUAACAAUAUCAUAUAUAUAAUAUAUAUAUGUGUGUUAUCAAUGAUUAUUAAUUUUAUGUUUUUCCUCAUAUAUGAUGGGUAAUUUAGACUGAUACAUGUUAUUAUUAUUGUACUCGGAUUAUUGUGUUUAGUUUUACGAAAAGUGUGUAAUAUACGAUAAUAAAAUUGUUUAAUCAUUUUUAGUAUAACGUUAUGAUUUUAUUUCUAUUUCCAUUUCUGUCGAUAUCUUGGUUAUUGUAAAUAAACAUAGUAUAAUACAUUCAUGAUCGGAUCGAAAAAAUUCCAACGAUUUCUACAAAGUAAAGUACUUCUAAUGAAUUCCAUAUAAUCAUAUAAUAGGAAAAUUAUAAUGUUAUGCAAACAUAUAAAUUAUAUUAUUAUAUUAUACCAUAUUAUAUUAUGUCAAGUUACAUCGAAACUAUCAACGAAGAAAAACACGUCAUUAUUGAGUUGUACAUUUUUCGCUAAGCGAUUUUAAGUAAUGUGCCAAUUAAUAUUAUAUUAUAAUUUUUGUUAACUUUUUGUACGCUUGAAAUAUACUAGCCAUUAGAUAAAUCAACCAAAUAAUAAACUAUUAAAAUAAUAUAGUAUAGUGAAAAAAUAAUUUUAUUACCUAUUGUAUUAUAUGCCUAUUAUGAUAUUAUUUGUAUAAUUAUUUUAGGUAUCAAAUAAAACUGUGUAAAUACUUUU